UCCAAGUUCCAACGCAAGAAGAGGAGAGAGAGAGAGCAAGCCGAAGCGUGGCCUAGGGUUCGAUGGCGAUGGCGAUGGCGAUGGCGGGUUCAGGCGAGGCUCGCUACGCGGCGGCUCCUCUCCUCCGGCGGCGGCAAGGUGCUCGGGGAGGAGGACAAGGCUGCCGAGAACAUCUACAACAAGAAAAUGGAACAAGAAAAGCUGGAGAAACUUGCACGCAAGGGUGCCAACCCAGGAGAGCAAGGCUCAUCUACUCCUGGCGCUGAUGUGAAGGCUGAGGGCAGCUCAACUGCUGGUGUGACGACCGACAAUAGCAAGAACUACGCUGUCAUCGCAGGUGCUGUUGGUGUUGUAGGUGCCAUAGCAUGGUAUCUCCUGCCAAGGCCCAAGAAGUCAGAAGAGGUUGCGAACUGAGGUCUCUAAUUGUGACUUGCAGAUAGAGUUUCUGUCCAAUUUCUCCUUUCUUUUACUCAUCCUACGCACCUGCACUACCUUUUGGAACUAAACUGAGCAAAACCAUGCGAUUUAUUCAGGGAUGCAACACCAGGCAAAUGUUAGUUUUCGCUUAGUUUCUGUCGUAUGCAAUCUCGUUAUACAGUGGAUUAGUGGAAGGCAUAUAAUUUUUGUGCCAUCUGAAUAGGGUAUAUCUCUUUUUUGGAGGGUAAUCUUUUAGAUCCGAAGAAUAUUGUGCCCUUUUUUGUCAUAGCAACAUUAUCUGGUGAGAUAAAUAUGAAUGGAAUGAGAAUGAUCUGUUGAGUAAA